AAUGAGCUUCCAGUCUUCGUACUCUGUUCUAUACAACGAGCUCGACGAGCUCUGCUGUGGAACAGCGGGGAUUGCUUGAACGACCUCGGACGUUUACCCAUACGUUCUCGGUCGAUACUUACGCCUCAUCUGUGAGCUUCACUGUACUCGCUCGACCUUUGGACAGUGGAUAUCUCCUUCUGCACCCUCCACCUUGUCGAACGCCACCACGCACGCAACACGCCUCAGCCUUCACGAAACGUUAAUCCCUGGGCGAUUACUAUCUCGUGCUCAUCUUUUGAACUUCAUGAGUCUUUCCACUUGUAUAGAACACACAGCAAUUUCCCGCAGAAACAUCCAUCGGUUCACUCAUUCCACUAAGCUCGCCUUUCCCUUCAACCAUAUCUGUAUCAACAUUGCACGAUAACAACCAGUGCCCAACCGUCGACCUCUCUCAUCUGCUCGACAGGUCGCUUUUCACUACGCCUUGUAUCGGCCGAUAACUGUAUCUAUAAGCACGAUGUCGUUUCUCUCGAGCAUUGUAGUUCUUAGUCCUGCUUUCCUCGUCACCGUCAAGCUCGUCCACAUAUUCUGCGGGAUAUUCAUUUGGGAAUGGAUAAAUUCGCUCGGGUUUGAAUGGGAAGUCUAUACGCGGAAGAGACCGUGGCGAUGGUCUAUCGGUGUCUACGUCGCUUGCAGAUAUACGGCGCUCGUGGCCAUCAUCGUCGAUCUCGUGGGGUUCAACCUGACAGAGAGGUAUAAUUGCGAGGCAUGGCUUCGCUCGCUAUUCGUCUUCUCUUACACAGCGACAUCGCUCGCUUCGCUGCUCAUCGUCCUACGCGCCGUCGCGAUCUGGGCCCGAAACAAAUUCGUCGUCGGCGUGACGAGCGUCUUGUGGCUCGUCAACGUUGGAUUUGCGCUGUAUAGUAUCACGAAGUCACGUAUCGCAUGGACGAACGCGGGAUGUACCAUAAUUGGCGACGCACGAUCCCCCCGCCCAUCCUCCCUAGCCUCCCUAAUCUCCCUCAUCACAUCCCUCACAAACCUCACGAUCAUGUUCGCCGGCGUACUCAAGCAGAAAAAUAACACGCAUGCGACGCCGCUCUGGAGGGUGCUUUUUUUGCAGGGCGUGGUCUGGAUUGGGGCGGUGGCGGUGGCGGAGGUGGGAGGUGUCUUGGCGGAUUGGGUGGCAGGAGGAGGGGAAAAGGUAGGGGUGGGAGGGCUGGUUACGGCGAAGAUGGUCAUCGUUGUGAUUGCAGCGACGCGCGUAUAUCGUGAACUCUCGGAGUUUAUAUCGCCUCUGCAACGAACAACGCAUGUCAACCUCCAAGGCCACCGCCGCCGCCGUCGAAGACAUCCAUUUGACGAUACAUACGAUGGGAGGAUCGCUGGGCCUGUACGUGGAGUUGGAUCCGUGUAUGGACGAGGAGCUGGAGCCGUGUCGCCGAAGGGACAUGGAGAGGUGGCGUUUACUGCGAGCGGUCCCGCCGAAGUUUCAGUCCUCAAAACGAUCGAAGUAGACGUUGAACUGUCUACAGCUGUUAACGUCGGCCUCGAUACCGAUCCUUCCGGAUUCGGUGACGAUGACGAAGAACACGGCCGAGGAGAGUCCUUACCUCCGAAUGAACGAUCACAGCAACGACCACAGCACGAGGAGGCUUACCUUCGUGUAAGACCUCCGUCGAUAGCCCUCCCGCUCCCGCCACACACACUCUCAGGAUCGCAUCAAUGGCCGUCUUCCAAUUCGAAUUCGACCGCACAUUCGCCCUCACCUUCGCAGCCAUGGGCGUACACGCUCGAGAGUGUCAAAGAGCUGGAUGGUUCGGUGGAUUCUGACGAUAAUGAGGGUCCGGGUGAAUGUAAAGAGCCUUUGGCAUCGCCGUCGAUGCCGCCAUCGCUACCACCAUCAUCACCCUCAUCGUUUCCCGCGUCGUCAUCGCAGACUCGCGCUGGCGGUAGUGUGGGUGUGAGGAGAGGAGGAGGAGGAAGUGACACGGGCUUGUCAGCACGAAGUUCAUCUCCCCGGUCUGGAUCCCAGGAAGAGAGGUGAAAGUGGGACGUGGAAUCGGGAUCAUGGAGGUCUUCCGUGCUCGGUGCGCGGGUCUUUCUACUUUGGUUUCACUUAUCUGUUUCUUUCAUUUCUUGGUGUAAGUAUGCUGUGGCGCCUGCGGUGCUUGGCAUAACGUCUGUGGGACGGCCAUAUUUUGUAGCCUUAUUGCAUCCUUGAGAAAACGGUGGAAUUUAUCCCGUUCACAGAGAUAUUUAGUUUCAAUGAUCGCAAUCGAUUGUUGACGCCUGAAGACGGACGCCGGAUGCGCAUUGAUGGAUUUUGCGUGGCGAGAGGCUCUGAAGGGUCAGCGCGGCGACACCCGCCACCCGCGCAAAACCCGUUUUGUCGUCCCACUCCACGGCGCACAACCCCUGUUCAUUGUCCC